CAACACUGUUUGAAUGUUUUCACCGGGAAACAAGACCGCAUCGCUGGUCACGAUUAACGAUAUUAAAGAUGACCGCGACUAAACUCCUGACGAAUGAUACAAGGAGCCGGGAUGUUCAGAAGAUCCAAAGUGACAGAUGGGACGGGCGCUGGCCAAGCGCCCGCUGCAGAGAACGAAGUGGGCUUCAGGAUAAAAUCGCGGGUGCCUGGAGUGAUGAUCACACAGUUUGUAGAGACACUGCCCGAGGGGAAGAGCCACCCGGACUUUACCCGCAAGCCCAUUGCUUUGACUAUCCAGGAGGGAAAAUUUGCCUUUUUCAAGGCCAUUGUCACCGGCGACCCCAACCCCACUGUGACCUGGAGCAGGAAUAACGGCGAUGUCUCUGAUACCUCAAAAUAUCAAAGCAAAUAUGACCCCAACUCCAAUGAGCACACGUUUGAGAUGGCCAAUGUCAAAGCGGACCAAGCCGAUACAUACAAGUGUUUUGCCAAGAACGAGUUUGGACAAGCCUUUGUGACGGUUGUUCUGAAUGUUAUUGAAGUUGGCUUCAAAAAGAACAAAGCAGAGCAGCAAACUGCGCCAGAGACCAUUAAUGGGGAUUUUAAGACAGUCCUAAGAAAAAGUAAAGUGCGUCCCAAAGCAGCGCAAAAGGAUGGCGAGAUAAAUCCAAAGUUUUGGGAGCUCCUCCUGAGCGCUGACAAAAAAGACUAUGAGAGAAUAUGUGCAGAGUACGGAGUGACGGACUUUCGCUGGAUGCUGAAGAAACUCAAUGAAAUGAAGAAGGAACGAGAAGAAGAACAAGCUCAGUUUGUCAAGAGCAUAUCAAACCUGCGGCCGAUCCAGGUCAACGCAGAUGGUACCGCAUCCUUUGAGAUUGACAUGGACCUCAUUGAACAGAGCAGGUCCAUAUACUUGUAUAAGGAUGGUGAAAUGAUUCCAUACACAAAGGAACUGGGAGACACGAUGAAGCACAGCCUCAGGAAAGUAGGGAGAAAGUAUAUUUUCAGUAUAAGGGAUCUCAACCCGGAAGACGGUGGAUUCUACCAGUUGGAUGUGGAAAAUGUGAAUAUGUUUUCCACCGAUUUUAAAAUUCCCAUGGUGGAUUUCCUAGUGAAAAUUCAGGAAGUGAAGGCAAUGGAGAGAGAGGACGCCGUUUUUGAGUGUGUCCUGUCUAAACCUCUUGCCAAGAUUUCAUGGCUUGGCAAGAAUCUGCCCUUGGAGCAAGGAGAUAAGUAUGAUAUCGAGGUUUCUGAAGACAAGCUUAUCCACAGGCUGGUGGUCAAAGACUGCAUGGUGGUUGACAAAGGAAUUUUUUCCGCAUGUGCCGGAAUAAAAUCCUGCAAUGCCUGGCUCGUUGUUGAAGCUGAUAAAGGUGCAGAUCAGGGCAAGAAGUCUGUGAGGAAAACAACAAAGGCCGGAGGGUCUGGCAUGGACCUCCAGAAGGUAGCCCAAGAGCAAAAUGCAAAGUUGGAGAAACAGAAAGAGGAAGUGAAAGUUGCAAAAGAAGCGACACCGCCACCUGAACCCCCCAAAGUUGUGGCACCAGAACCAGGAAGUGAUAAACCGGCAGACGUGGCCCCAGUUAGACCAGUUACGAAGGCACUAGGCGGCGGAAGUGAUAAACCGUCAGAUGUGGCCCCAGCUAGACCAGUUGUGAAGGUGGAAAGCAAAGUUCAAGAGACAAAACCUGAACCACCAGCUGCAGCUCCAGUUAGUGAGCCUGUGAUAAUGUCUGGACUUGCUAAUAUGUUAUGUCUGCGUGGGAAACCGGCGGAGUUAAAAGUCACCAUGAACAUGGACUGCGAAGGCUCCUGGUUUAAAGAUGGAGAGCCGGUGAAUGCAGGCGCUGGGAUCAGCAUAAGCAAAAAAUCCACAUUUCACACGCUGACUUUUCAAAACUGCAGAGAUGACGACUCCGGUGUUUAUGGCUUUGUGUGCAAAGACCAGAGUACCCAGGGAAAGGUCACAGUCGGAGAUGUACCUGAAUUUGACCCCGACGACCUUCACAAGUUCUCCAAGCCCUUAACAGUAAGAGUGGGCCAGAACGCCACCUUCAAGAUGCCCUUUGCGGCCCAGGAGUCUCUGACUGUUAACUGGUGUAAGAAUGGCACUGAGGUCAAAGACGGAGGAGGAGUCAAGAUAGUGAGGGAGCCCAAUCACAGCCGACUGCUCGUCAAAGACUGCCUACAGACAGACGCAGGGACAAUUAAAAUCCAGCUCAAAAAUGCGUUUGGAGCCGCCGAGGCCACAUCUCAGCUUUUUGUGCUCGAUCGUCCCGGUCCACCAGAGGGUCCCGUUGAGAUUCUAGAAACAACCUCGUCUCUGAUCGAGAUCAAAUGGAACCCUCCCAAAGACGACGGUGGUUCGGCUGUCACCGGCUACAUCGUGGAGCGGCAGCCGGAAGGCCACAGUCUGUGGACCAAGAUUGGGGAUGUCUCUGGUGACAAGACCUCACUCAGAGAUAGGAAUGUGACUCACGGGAAGAAGUACAGCUACCGCAUCUACGCAGAGAACACUGAGGGCAUGAGUGACUCGCUGCAGACCACUGACAGUAUCAUGGCUGGCAUAAUGAUACUUUCCGGGCCACCUGGUGCUCCCAAAGUGGUUAGUACCUCAAAGACCUGUAUUACGUUGAUGUGGACCCCUCCUGAGGAUGACAGAGGGGUGCCCGUCAUUGGUUACCAACUGGAGAAACGCAAAAAAGACACAAAUCUGUGGAUUCCUCUCAAUGCAGUCAAUGAACCCAUUGAAGAUGUGAACUACGCCGUUAAAGAUGUCACUGAGGGUUCAGAAUAUGAGUUCAGAGUUCUGGCAAUUAAUGAGUCAGGAGCAGGGGAGCCGAGCCCUCCCUCUGCAAUGGUGUGUGCAAAGAAUCCCAACACGAGGCCUCAUUUCAAAAACCCAGAGGACUUCAUUGUCGUCAGAGCAGGCAAUUCUGCACGUGUGAGAAUUUGCUAUGAGGCUGAACCUCCACCUGAGAUCACAUGGCUCAAGGAUGAUGAACCAUUACCCCCAUGGAUUCAAAUCAUCCACACCGAGGGAAUGUCCCAGCUUGUCAUUCCCUCAUCCAAACGCUCAGACUCUGCCAUCUACACCAUUGUCGCCAAAAACUCUGUCGGGCAGGCCUGCUUUGACGUUGAGGUUAGAGUUACAGAUGAACCCAAAAGCCCAGGGCCAGUAGAGCUGGAACAGACCGUCCAGGGCAAAGUGGUGAUAUCGUGGGCUCCCUCCCCAGACCAGGAACUGGAUGACAGAAUUUACUACGUGGUAGCUCAACGCGACUCCAACACCAGGAUAUGGAAGACUGUGUCAGACCGCCUCUUUACUAACACGUACACUGCCAACAACAUUCUUCCUGGGAUCGAAUACCAUUUCAGGGUCUACGCCAAGAAUGACAUGGGCCUCUCAGAUCCAUCUCAGUCACCGACGUGGGGAGCCAAUAGUAACAGAGUCCCGUUUUUCGCAAACGCAAUCAACUCGUCGCAUGUUAGCUUCGAGAGGCCCCCGUCCAUCUUGGUGCCCCUGAAGGUCCAUGCUCCGCCAAGAGGCUACCAGGUCUACAUGACGUGCGCCGUGCGAGGAUUCCCGACUCCCACCGUGUCCUGGUUCCUCAACGAGCAGUGCAUCAACUCGGACAGCAACUACUACAUCACCAACUCCUUUGGCGUCUGCUCCAUGUAUAUUCUCAGAGUGCGCCCCAAGGACAGUGGGGAGUACAAAGUCAUGGCAGUCAACUCCUUUGGCAAGGCCGAGUGUUCCACCAAACUCAUUGUUCGAGAAUGAAAGAGCCCAGGCCUCGUGUGACCGCACUUUUAGAUCUGCAAGGUAUAAAAUAUGAACGUAUUUCUUUCAACUUCUACUAAUGGAUUUUAGAACUAUAGGAUCCAGCAAACCCCCGCCACCCGGACGGGACAAGUGGUAGAAAAUGGAUGGAUUUCAGAACU